AUGUUUUCUGGUGAUCAAGAUACCGAUCAUCAUUUCUCGUCCAAUACUUUGUUUUCAAGUGAACAAAAUCAUGACUUCAACUUUGAAGUUAACAAUGCUAAUUCAUCAUUCAUCACCGACGAUAAUCAGUUUUGCUAUGUUUCUGAAAAUAGUAAUCAUCCUAAUGAUCAAUACCAUUUUAUCUCUCAAGAAACUAGCCACAAUAUUAAUGGUUGUGUUGCUCAUGAGGAUGCAACCUCUCUUUCCUAUCCAAUUAUGGCCAAUAUUGGCGUCGUUUAUGAUCAUGGGCCAACGACCGAUGUUUAUAACGAAAACAAUGCCAACUCCUCAUUACUAGCUCAAAUUCUUUCCGAUUACUCAAUGGAAGAAAUUCUAUCCAUGAGAGAAGAUGUCAAUAAUAAUAUCGAAAAUUCAGUUGAUCUGUCGGUCCCAAUAAUAACCGAUGCUCAAGUCAAGCGUACCCCUGCCAAGAGGAAGAUUAUUAAUGGAAUGCCUGAAUCGCUAGAUGCGAUAGAAAACAAAGUCAACGACGAAAAACUUGAGGAAAAUCCAAAGAAGAAAACUAGGGUUUCAAAAGAUAAUAAAAAUAAGAAGAAAGUGCAGCCUAAGAAGAAACAAAAGAUCAUGGAGGCUAAUAAUGUGAAUGUGAAUGAAAAUGAGAUUGGUGUAGAAGAUACUACUACUAAUAAUGUUAAUAACAAAGGAGGAGUUGGAAAUAAUGCACCUAUUGCAAGCUCAAGUUCUUGUAGUUCUGAGGAUGAUUUGAACGGAGGCACUACGGUAAACUCAAAUUGGAAAACUAGAGCUGGUAGAGGCGCGGCAACUGAUCCUCAAAGCCUUUAUGCAAGGAAAAGAAGAGAAAGGAUUAAUGAGAGAUUGAAAGUCCUUCAAAACUUGGUACCAAAUGGGACAAAGGUUGACAUUAGCACAAUGCUUGAAGAAGCUGUACAAUAUGUCAAGUUCUUGCAGCUUCAAAUUAAGUUGCUAAGCUCAGAUGAGAUGUGGAUGUAUGCUCCAAUAGCUUACAAUGGGAUGGACAUGGGUCUCUACCAGAAACUUCAACAAUCUUGA